CUGCUAAAGUAUAACUUGAAUCCAUACGCCUGCGAAAUUAUUCCUAGCAAAUAUAUCUGCUUCUUGCCUCCUGCACUAUUGCGACACAAUCAAUGAAAACGCUAAAUUUUAAAUUCGGAUAUUUGCCUAUCAUGAAAUGCGUUUUGAUUUUUCAGAAGAUAAAUUCGUCGUUAAAACCUAUAUAAGCGGUAUCUAAAACAGUCUUAACACUUUCACUGCGGAACAGAUCUAUGUCAGUCUGAAGAAAACUAUGUUCUUCUAUCUUGUGAGGCGAUUAUCACGGGUGCUUAUAAGAGCUCCACAGAGACAUAUAUAUAUUUCAGCUUGUGGUCAAAAUUUUAGGCCUACAACGCACUGAUGGUAAAAAACAUCCGCUGAGUACAGCCUAGGGAGUAAUUCGGCCGCAGUCCCAGCAGCCGGCGUACCCUUGCAGCUUUCCCUGAUUUAUUUCUCAUUUCCUGUUUGGCAGAUCCCGAGGUGAAUCGAACCUAAAGAAGUUGGGUGCAAGGUAAUUUGAAUAGUACCAAAGAUGUACCGCAGCCUGGGUAUUAAAAACUUUUAAUUUGAUAAAUUAUAUGAAGUAUUUAAUACCUUAAUCUUUUGUCCCACAUCAAUUGUCCCACAAUACAAAUUAGUCAUAACAGGCAUAUAUCAACAACAAAAGUAAUCAAAUCCUAGAUAACACAUGUUCAUAAAAGACGCAGAAACAUAUUGAUCAUCACUGUCAUUCAUUUGAAAGUACUAAAGCGAAAUGAUUCUCAAUAUUAAAGGAGAUCUAGAAAAUAUAACUAAGCGACAAUUAAAAUUUAUAUGUGAUGUGAUCAGCAAACAAAAAAACGUAGUAAACGAAGUGAUCAUAGAAAACGUUGGUGAGAAAGGGGACAACUACGGUUCACAAGUUAAAAGAAUAAAUGUUCAGUUUGAAAAUGGUAAAGAGUUCAAAAUGAUAGCAAAAGUGAGACCAGAUAUUAUGAAAAUAGAAAAUGAAACAGUGAAGUCUGUAUUCAUUAAUGAAAUUGUCAUGUUCAACGAAGUACUGCCAAAGUUCAAAGAGCUGCAAGAAAACGCAUGUGUUCCGAAAGAAGACUUAUUUAAAUAUCCCCAUUGUUAUGGAACUCUCGAUGAAAGGGACAAUGAGAUUAUUCUGCUAGAAGAUCUGAGUGUAUCCAAUUUUUUUACGUCAGACAAACUUAAGCCAUUGGACAAUAAUACAGUAAAACUUGUUCUCAAUAAUAUAGCAAAUAUGCACUCUUUAUCAUAUGUUUUAGGAAGAAAGGAACCGCAAUUAUUUAAUAAAAUUUUGGAUACUUUAUUCCAUCCCUUGUUUCAUCCUGAUAAUAUGACUCAGUCAAGAAUUUUAUUGGAGAAUAUAGCGAAAGAUUUUGACGCUAUUUUUGAAACUAGCAGAUAUCGAAAUAUAAUUGUUGAUGUAAUGCAGAAUUUCGUUAAUGCUACUAUGAAAUUAAUAUCAAGUGAUAAAAAAUCGAAGUACAGUGUUAUUCAGCACGGAGAUUUGUGGACUAACAAUAUUAUGUUUCAGAUACAGGAUAAUCAACCAAGUAUGUGUACAUUCAUAGACUAUCAACUGUCCAGAGAUAGCUUACCAGUUUCUGAUAUUAUUUAUUUCGUAUUCAAUUGCACAGACUAUAAAACACGAUUGAACCACUAUCAUAAGUGGAUGGAUUUUUAUCAUUCAGAAUUAGACAGACAUUUAUCAUAUUUCGAUCUUAAAGUCGAAGACGUAUAUCCAAGACAAAAAUUUGACGCUGAUUUGAAACGAUACGCUAAAGCAGGAUUAGGUAUGACAUUUUUUGUGUUAAAUUUUUCAUUAAGAUCAUCACAAGAAGCACCUGAUUUAGUGAUGGAAGAUAUUGACGGAGUUAAGCAAAUACCUCAAUUCAAAAUGGGAGCAUUAACGGACAAAACUUUUAAAAUAAUCAACGAACGCGUCGAAGGUGUUAUAGAAAGCUGUUUGGAGUACGGAUAUCUAACUAAUAUAUGAAUAAUACAAACAUAAUUAUAAUAAAAC